AUGCCAAGCUGCAGCAUGGCAUCUGCUGCUUGUGGGUUUGGAUUGACACCUAACCUCACUUGUAGCCCGAGCCUUUCCACCUCCAGGAGUAGUAAUAUGUUAAGAUUGGUUGUUGUAAGGAUGGCUCGAGAGGCAGAGCCACCAUCAACCACCGAGGCUCCACUGCCUCCAGCGACAGCUAAGCCACCUCCGAUUGGACCCAAGAAAGUUAAAAUUCUUAGGAGGGAGUUGUAUUGGCAUAACGGCAUGGGCUCAGUUGUAGCUGUUGAUCAGGAUCCGAAGACUAGGUACCCAGUGGUUGUUCGGUUUAACAAAGUCAAUUAUGUUAAUGUAUCUACAAACAACUAUGCAUUGGAUGAGAUCCAAGAACUUUAA